ACAUUUUUCCUAUGGUGAUAUCACAUAUGAAGCCUUUAAUAUUUACACAUCUAAAUUAUAAAUACUACACAUAUUUUAAAUUAAAAUAGCACUUUGGAAUUUACUCAUUUGUAUAUAACAAAAUGAAGGUCUAUCUUAUUUUCUGAUAAAAAUGUACUUGUUGACAUUUACUGAAAGGCUCUUCCAAGAACUUUUAUAAAAGUUGGGGCUCUUUUCUGGAGUAUGUGAAAACGUAUAUCCCCCUGCUCAACUGAAAAUAAUGAUGUCAUUCAAUUUCCCCAGUGGAUGACCGCACUUGUAUUAUUAAGUGUUUAAUUUUCUCUUACUAUCUGUUAUUUUGAUAGUUUCUUAGUUUCCUAUUUUUUUAAUUUGGACCACUUUUCUUUAUACCUAGUCACAUGUUAAAAUUUCAUCUAAACGUUAUUGUUUAAAUAUAAUUAAAGAAAAACAGUAAAUAAAGUGAGGGGAAAAUGUACUUGUUUAGUCAAACGAUCUUUGCAAAUUGUGUCUUUCUAUAAAUAUAGUAAUGUCUUGCGGUCUUCAGCUGAUCUGUGCUGCCCUCUGCUGGACACUUCUCAGAAAUUAUUUGCUUUCAAACUCUGUAAUAGUAAAAUAAAGCGUAUUUAAACUAUUUUAACGAUUCUAAAUAUUUGAAAUCUACAUAAUGAAAUACGGUUUUAUUAAAACUUACCAACAUUUCAGAUAUAGCUGUUGUGACGUACAACCAUAGACUGUAUAAACGUACAACACUCUGUGACUACAACAACAUCAUUUCCCGCCAUGCACUGGACACGUUGCCAUAGCGCCACGUUGGUUUACCAACAAACAUGGCGCACAGCCCGUCUCGUGUCUUUGCUACAGUUUCACCGAAUGCUGGUGAUGUUUACCGAGACGAAAACGAAUCGGUGUUCAACCGGGGACGCAAGCAAACACGUUUACACGCUCAGAGCAACGCAAGAGUGGUUCAGAUGACGGGCUGUGCGGAGUUAUCGUGUCCUCCGGACCGCGCCAGCGUCACCAUCAGCGUCAAAAACAGUAAAGAAAAUGUUAACGAUGUGACUAACAGCGUUAUCCGAAGACUGGAGUACAUACUACAGACAGUGAGACAGCACGAUGUCAAGGAAGAAAACAUCACUGUAACCAAACAUCUACAAAGAGAGGAAGAGCUCUUCCACAUGCAAGCUGAGGUGCUUGUGGUGUUUUCAGACUUUGAGAAGAUGCAACAAGCACGCGCAGUUUUGAUUGAAAAACUUGACAAAAUUGUGUGUGUUGGUGACCCUUACUACAGUCACAGUGCGGAAUGUCUCAGUUUGUUGAGACGGCGAGUAUGUUCGGAAGCUGUUGACAACGCCCGGCUAAAAGCCAGUGAGGUGUGUUGCAUUCUGGGACAAGCUCUGGGGCGGCCAAUACUUGUACGUGAGGAGGAAUCCCGAGAGUGGACCAGCGGCCAGCAUGAAAUGACUGGCUCUCCUCUAACACUACACCAGAAAACUGCGACUACACUAGUCUCUGCCUCUUCACACGUGUUUGUGACCUUUGAAUUGCGUCCGAAGAACAACAGGAGGAAAUUUUAAAAAAUGUUGUGUGUUUAGCGGUAAUAAUAGUACAUGUAAUUCGUUUUAACCUGUAAACACAUAGUCCUGUGAAGUAAGCACCAUAGAGGGCCACCGAUAUUCACAAAAGGGCCUAAAUAUAAAGUUAUCACUUGUUCCUACUGUUGUUUUAACUUAAUGAAGUCUCAAAAUUUCAGAAUAUAUUGAAUAGCACAAUGUUUGGAUAGAAAACAACAUUAAAAUCGUAAAGACAGUGUAAUGAAAGAGUUAAGAUGAGCCUGUGUUUGAAUAGGGAAACGUAUAUUGAUGCAUAAAUGUGCUUUGCAUACAUAAUGGAUGACAUCUUGUUUGUUUCUACAACAACAUAUGUUUAGACAGGUGCUAGACAACUAGAAAGAUCUUAUUCACUGCCUCUAACAUGAUUUGUCUCUGAACUUUUAACUUGCACUGGAUGUAGGGGAAAAUGUACACUAGUGUGUGAAAUAUACUACUUGUUUCUGUGUUAUACAGCCAUUUUCAUAUUCUCUUACACUUGCUUUGUCAGAUGAUAUAUCUUGACACUAAACAGGCCAUUCAUACCCUGCUCUGCCUCUUUUAAAAUAUGAAGGUGAGUGUUUACCACCUUCCCUGGUAAUAGAUGUCCAUUCUUGCAUGACCUAAGCAGAUUCAUUUAGGCUUUAUGAAAAUCCAUUAGAAGAAAAAUCUAGGAGAACACUGUAGGGUUUGAAGCAGUAGCUACUUUUGUAGAUAGACCAGGAAAUAAGCUAAAAGCAAAGAGGACUGCAUAAACAGAACAGCCUGAGGACCAUAACCUACUAGAGAGGACAUGAGACAGUCAAGUCUUAGGUCUGAUUUAAAUUAAAUUAAGAAACAUUAAUUUAGCCUAAAAGACAGCAAACAAGCAAUAAAUAAAUAAAACAUAAUCGUU